AUGUUGAAGUUUAACCAAAGGAGACCGUUCCCAUUCUCAGACUGUAAAGGAAGGAAAGGAGCUGCAACAAGUAUUGUUCCCCCAGAAACCAAUGCAGGAGAGGAGAAAGAAAUAAUGCGCUCUCAGAUGAAGAGUGGGGUUUCUGCUACUGCUACAUGGGCCUCUCAGGCUGUGCUGCCUGUGGGAACUGAGGGGAACUACCACUAUUAUGUGGAUGAGGAGGAGGAAGAAGAGGAGGAAGAUGAAAGGCAGCAGCAAAAUUCCUCUCAGGAGGGAAGCAAGUUCUCGACACCCUUUCCCAACCCCCCUGCCUUCUCCUCCAGAGCAGCAGCAUCUGCUUCUUCCAUGCUGAACAUAAAUGUAGGUGGCAAAAGUUACCGCCUCACCUACCAGGCAGUGGCCAUCUACCCCAAGACCCGUCUGGGCCGCUUGGCCACUUCCACCGAUCGCAGUCGCCAGCUGGGUCUGUGCGAUGACUAUGCCGUUCAGGGGGAUGAGUACUUCUUUGAUCGGGACCCCACUGUCUUCCAGCUGGUCUACAACUUCUACGCCUCUGGAGUGCUGCGGGUGCGAGAUGAGCAGUGCCCACUCAGCUUCCUGGAGGAGCUGAGCUACUGGGGGGUGCGGCUCAAAUAUACGCCACGCUGCUGCCGCAUCUGCUUCGAGGAGCGGCGUGAUGAGCUGAGCGAGCAGCUGAAGGUUCAGCGGGAACUGCGUGCUCAAGCAGAGUCCCAGGAGAGUGAGCAGCUCUUCCACCACAUGCGCUACUAUGGCCCUCAGCGCUGGCGCCUCUGGAACCUAAUGGAGAAGCCCUUCUCCUCUGUCAGCGCCAAGGCUAUGGGGGUGGCUUCCAGCCUUUUUGUACUCAUCUCUGUGGUGGCACUGGCUCUCAACACCGUGGAGGAGAUGCAGCAGGUGGACAGGAAAAGCGGAGAGAGUCGCCCUAUGCUGGAGCACGUUGAGACACUGUGCAUCGCCUUCUUCACCCUGGAGUAUCUGCUGCGGCUGGUCUCCACCCCAGACCUGCGCCGCUUCGCGAGCAGCCCCCUCAAUGCCGUGGAUCUCAUUGCCAUCCUCCCACUUUACCUCCAGCUGCUGCUGGAGUGCUUUGCCGAUGACGAUCAGCCUCGGGGCCGGGGCUCUCAGCACGAGCAUGACAUUGAGAAGGUGGGACGGGUGAGCAAAGUAGGACAAGUGCUGCGCAUCAUGCGCCUGAUGCGGAUCUUCCGCAUCCUCAAGCUUGCCCGGCACUCCACAGGCCUGCGCGCCUUCGGCUUUACCCUGCGCCAGUGCUACCAACAGGUGGGCUGCCUCUUGCUCUUCAUUGCCAUGGGCAUCUUCGCCUUCUCCGCCAUGGUCUACUCUGUGGAGCACGACGUCUCCAGCACCAACUUCACCAGCAUCCCCCAUGCUUGGUGGUGGGCUGCUGUAAGUAAAUGCAUUGCACUUUGCCAGGUCAGCAUCUCUACAGUGGGCUAUGGUGACAUGUGUCCAGAAACUCACCUCGGGUGCCUGUUUGCUUUCCUCUGCAUUGCUUUUGGAAUAAUUCUGAAUGGAAUGCCCAUCUCCAUCCUCUACAAUAAAUUCUCAGACUAUUACAGCAAACUGAAGGCCUAUGAAUAUACAGCUGUAAGGAAGGAAAGAGGCAAGAUUAACUUUACACGAAGAGCCAGGAAGAAAAUGUCCGAGUGCUAUGGAGAAGGCCCAACCCAUUAUUUACCAAGGCCUAGAUACAAUUAAUA